AUGUUCUACCAGAAUGAAAGUCCAGAGGUUGUAAGGAGAGGGAAUGGGAUGGAGUUUCAUAGGAAUGGAUUUUGUAGAGAGAGUAAAGAGGAGAGCUCAGUCAUAGUCACCUUGCUUGGCUAUAAAGUUAUGGAGGAGAAGACAAAGUUUACAGUCUAUAAGAUCUUAGUAGAGUGUGCACCGGACCAAAGCUGGUUCAUUUUUAGACGGUACACAGAUUUCUCACAACUACAUGACAAGUUAAAGGAGAUGUUUCCCGUGUUUAACUUUUCCCUGCCACCCAAGCGCUGGUUCAACAACUUUAGCGCUGAAUUCCUGGAGGAGAGAAGACUAGGUCUUCAAGACUGUCUACAGAACUUGGUUGCCAACAAAGAUGUGCUUAAUAGUGAAGUAGUCCGAGAGUUCUUAUGCUUGGAUGAACCACGUUCAGCCUUUGACAGUCUUGAGAAGAGGGCCUUUUGUGAGACCAACUGUCAACUUCAGAGGACAUUAAUGGACAACAAAUGUGAGAUCGAGACCCUGAGAAGCCUCCUGGUGCACAAAGAGCUUCAAAUUAGCAGGCCCGAAAGGACAAUGAUGUAA